UCUUAAUUGCCUUCCACUGGCUGCAGUAAUGUCCACCUCUCUGCUGAUUUUGUCCCCGCUGCUUUGGAAUAGUUGCUGACGAUCGAAUGCGUUUGACUACGUGGAUUAUAUUACCUCGGGGAAAAGAGGUUGGCUACUGUGUGCACCGCGGCUCAUCUCAUACUUGGGAGAAGGCGCUUGCGUAGUCAUUACCUACCGAUUGCUGCGAAGAGCUUUGACCAGUAGGAAAUGUCAGAUCAGAUACUGUCUUGCUGAGGGCUAUUAUCCUGAGGGAGCAUACGUACAUUACGUAUCAGGGUCGACCUUCAAGUGCAGUCCCAUCUAUCAUAGUGUGUGGCCGUGGUAGUCAUACUGGCAAGAGAUGAUCCCAAUGGCUCACGUACGUGUACCGUGCACCUCAUGGGCUGAAGCCCUUUUGCAGCUGGCCAGUCUGAAGUGGCUGCCACUGGUCCUUAAUCGGAUGUGGCAUCUCAACUUUUAUCCUCGUGUCACUCGAAGGGAUACGGUCUUUUCAGGUGCUGAGCCAAACGACUCCGUCGAUAUGAGCUCUUGGGAGUCAUCAGCUGUUAUCCCCGGCGGAUGAAGUUAUGAAUGCGAGCGCUCCAGUGACGAGGAGCGGCUGACUUGCAGGAAAAGGGAAAAGAGAGCAGGGAAGGCAUGUGCGCUCCUUCGUUGUCAGAUCUGCCUGGGAGGAGUUGAAGGAGAAUCAUAGCGCAGCGGUGAUAGCUGAUGUGAUGUGAAAGCAUGUUUCCUACAUCGAGGACAAACAAGUGGGCUAUGGUGGACUUGCCUCCUAACUAUCGGCGCUCAUCUCCUGCGGAGCAAAUGACGAUUCGUUGACGAACGUCAUCAGUGGGCUGUAGCCUCAUAACACUUGUCUACAAUUUGAAGGAGAACCAGAGGAGCUGGAAGAGGUGAUCUGAUAUGAAGGCUUAUUUUCUAUGGAGAGCAGAAAAUGGUAAUUUCCGAUAUGAACAUGAGAAAAUGGUGAUUACUUGCCUCGUAUCUGUGGGCUGCUCAGAUUCCUGCAGAGGGAAUGAGGAACAUCAUCUACGAGGCUGUGCACUUCAACGCAGCGCUGCUGUCAAUAGCAUUCUUGUGGAUUGAGAAGGGGAGAACGAUGCGUUUGUAUGUGCGCCAUUUCAGUCAGCAUGUUGACUUCUAUUUUAUGAUUACGGGAUGACAGUAUCACUUUAGUGUUGGAUUGCUAUAUUUGGAAAAAACGGACGUGAUCUUCAAAAUUGAAGUUGUGUUUACAGUUUUUAAAUUUGUAUUUUUUUAUCGUCUUAUCAACUUUAAAGUCU